AUGAAAGGUGUUGAAAGUAUUAUUGCACAAGCAAAUGAUGAUUUAUUACAAAUGGAACGUGAGUGUAGUAGAAAUAUUACUGAAAAAAAAUUAGUUCAAGAUAAAGAAAUUGCAGCACUAAAGGAUCUUGAAAAGAAAAACGGAACAAUUUCAGCACCUAUUGAACCAAUUAGUGAUUGUGAAAAUGAAGUUAAAAUUAUGAGACUUUUUGCUGGAUUUGGAGAAAAAAUAUUUAACAAGUGGUGUGAUAUUUAUCAUAAAGAAAUUAAUACAAGAAGAAUUUAUAUUAAAGCUAAAAUUUUAAGUGCUGAAGAAGGAAUGGAACAAAAUAAAAGAGAUGUUGAAGUUGUUAGAACAUAUGAAGAACAAAGAUAUUAUUUAGGAAAAUAUGGAAAAGAACAAGAAAUGACUAAGUAUUGGAGAAAAAGAUUAGAUGGUGUUGACGAAAUUUUAAGAGAGCUUCAAGCUGUUGAAAUAAGAAAAUUACAAAAAAAAAUUGAAUUAUUGAAAGAGAAAAGUACUCAGUCUGAAGUUAUGCAUCGAAUGGUAGCUGAUUGGUUAAAGAAAGAAUUUGAAGAUGCUAAGACAAGAACUGGUGUAGGUAUUCCAAUUAUAAAGAGAUAUAAAGAAAAGAUUGAGGCUCAAGUUCAACUACCCAUUCUAAAUAAAAAGAAACAAGAAAAAGCUUUUAAACCAGUUACUACUACUCAACAAAACAAACCAGUUAGUAAUACUCAUAACCAAAAAAAUCAAAACAAUAAACAAAUUAAUAAAACUCAUCAAAAGAAUCAAAAUAAACCUAAAACAAAUAAUAUAGCUAAACAAGUAUCUAAAGCCUCUACUGCUGGAAAAGAAAGUUCUCCUAUGACACCUGCCUUGUCUAAUGGAGAGUCAACAGUUUAA